AUGGUUACAUUAGAAGAAUUGGAGUCAGCUCAAGGAGAAGAAGAUGCUAUUGAUUUGGAAAUUCUACAGUCAUCUACUGCGGAUAUAAUAAACAGAACCAAGUUACUAGACAAUGACAUCAAAGUCAUGCGGUCGGAAUCACAACGACUCACGCACGAGAAAACAAUGAUGUUAGAAAGAAUAAAGGACAAUCAGGACAAAAUAAACAACAACAAGCAAUUGCCAUAUUUGGUUGGAAAUGUUGUUGAGCUUUUAGACCUUGAUGUUGAUAAGGAAGCCAGUGAGCAGGGAGCCAACGUCGAUAUAGACGCGGCAAGAUCUGGGAAGUCAGCAGUUAUCAAAACUUCAACGAGGCAAACUAUUUUUUUGCCAAUGAUUGGUUUGGUUGACCAUGAAAAGUUGAAGCCAAAUGAUUUGAUAGGUGUCAACAAGGAUUCGUACUUGAUUUUAGACACUUUACCAUCUGAAUACGAUUCAAGAGUGAAGGCAAUGGAAUUAGAUGAAAAACCAACUGAAACGUAUUCUAAUAUUGGAGGUUUGGAUAACCAGAUUGAGGAAUUAAUUGAAGCUGUUGUUCUACCAAUGAAACAAGCUGAUAAGUUCAAAAAGUUGGGUAUCAAACCACCAAAAGGUGCCUUGAUGUAUGGUCCUCCUGGUACUGGUAAAACAUUGUUGGCGAGGGCGUGCGCGGCACAGUCCGGUGCUACUUUCUUGAAACUAGCUGCUCCACAAUUGGUACAAAUGUUUAUUGGUGACGGUGCUAAGUUGGUACGUGAUGCGUUUGCACUCGCAAAAGAAAAGGCUCCAACUAUUAUUUUCAUUGACGAAUUGGAUGCCAUUGGUACUAAAAGAUUCGAUUCUGAUAAAAGCGGUGAUCGAGAAGUUCAACGUACAAUGUUGGAGUUGUUGAAUCAAUUGGAUGGGUUUGGUUCAGAUGAUAGGGUUAAAGUGUUAGCAGCUACAAAUAGAGUUGAUACUUUGGAUCCAGCUUUACUAAGAUCAGGUAGAUUGGAUCGUAAAAUUGAAUUCCCAUUACCGUCAGAAGAAGCAAGAGAAUCGGUGUUGAAAAUUCAUGCUAGAAAGUUGCACUGUGAUAAUGAGUCAAUAAAUUGGCGAGAAUUGGCUAGAUCUACUGACGAAUUCAACGGUGCACAGUUAAAAGCUGUGACAGUUGAGGCUGGUAUGAUUGCGUUAAGAAAUGGUAAAUCAAUUAUCAGGCACGAAGAUUUCGUUGAAGCAAUUGGUGAAGUGCAAGCAAGAAAAUCAAAAUCAGUGAAUUUCUAUGCAUAG